ACAGAAGGGAGGACAAUGGGGAAGAACAAAGUCUCUAGAGUUUGUGUUACAGGUGGUUCUGGAUAUAUUGGUUGCUGGCUUGUCAAAACGCUCCUCGAGAAGGGGCACACAGUCCAUGCCACUCUCAGAAACUUAGAGGAUGAAUCAAAGGUAGGCCUUCUGAAGUCUCUCCCCAAUGCAGACACUAAUUUGCUGCUGUUCGAUGCUGAUAUAUACAAUCCUAAUGACUUCAAGCCUGCUAUUGAGGGGUGUGAGUUUGUUUUUCAUCUUGCAACUCCUAUGCAACAUACUUCCCAAAGCUCCCAGUACAAGGACACAGCUGAAGCUGCUAUUGCUGGGGUGAGAAGCAUUGCAGAUUCUUGCAUUCAAUCGCAGACAGUUAAGCGACUGAUCUACACUGCAAGCAUACUUUCUAUGUCGCCAAGAAAUGAUGAUGGAGUUGGAUUCAGACCCUUACUUGAUGAGUCAUGUUGGACACCCCUUGAUGCCUCAUCUACUUAUGGAAAUGAGUUCACUUUGGGGUAUAUUAAAUUAAAGACCUUAGCUGAGAAAGCAGUGCUGAGCUACAAUGACUUUGGUGAUAGUAAAUUAGAAGUGGUAACUCUUCCUUGUGGCUUAGUGGGAGGAGAAAGUCUUCUUUCAUAUUUGCCUUUAAGUGUGAGAGUAAUUCUGGCACAACUUACUGGGGACAUGUUUUCUUGCGAUGGCUUAAACUUAAUGCAAGAAUUUAUGGGAUCAGUUCCUCUGGUGCACAUUGAUGAUGUUUGCCGAGCACAUAUCUUCUGCAUGGAACAGCCAUCAAUGAAAGGCAGAUUCUGUUGUGCAGUUGCGUGUCACUCUAUCAAAGAAAUUGCAAUAUACUUCCAAGAAACUUACCCAGAAUACAAGAUACAUAAAGAAUUGAUUGAAGGGCCUGAAGAAGGAAGCAAGAGUGAUUUCAGUAAGCUGAAGAAGAUGGGGUUUGAGUACAAGUAUGGCAUCAAGGAGAUACUAGAUGACAGUGUAGCAUGGGCAAAGAAGUUAAAUGGGAGCUCUUUUUCUCAAGCAGUCUAG